AUGGCAGAAAACGGCAGCUCAGGUGCGCCUCCGUUGGAGGUCACCAAUGCGGUGCUCGUCAAAUCAGAGGAAAUGCCAAAAGACGCACAGAAAGUAGAAGAACUCGACUUCAAUAAGCUAAAGGGGCCUAUCACAGCAGAAGAUUUAUUCCUUGGAAUGAGAAAUAUGGGAUUCCAGGCAACUUCAAUGAGUGAAGCCAUUAGGAUUAUCAAUGACAUGAGAGCUUGGAGAGACCCCGAAACUGGAGAUAAGACGACAAUUUUUUUGGGAUACACUUCCAACCUUAUCUCAUCCGGUCUAAGGGGUGUCUUUCGGUGGCUGGUGGAGCACAAGCAUGUCUCAUGCAUUGUCACAACAGCCGGAGGAGUAGAGGAAGAUUUCAUCAAGUGUCUCGGCGAAACAUACAUGAGCUCCUUCAGUGCUAACGGCGCCGACCUGCGGAAAAAGGGCCUCAACCGCAUCGGAAACCUCGUCGUCCCUAACGCCAACUAUUGCGCUUUUGAGGACUGGGUGGUGCCCAUCUUUGACAAGAUGCUGGAAGAGCAGGAAGCCAGCAAAGGAACCGAAAACGAGAUUCACUGGACGCCUUCAAAGGUUAUCCACCGCCUGGGCAAGGAGAUUAACGACGAGCGCUCAGUGUACUACUGGGCUUACAAAAACGACAUUCCCGUUUUCUGUCCUGCUUUGACGGAUGGCAGUAUUGGAGACAUGCUCUACUUCCACACGUUCAAGAGUUCGCCACAGCAGCUACGGGUUGAUCUGGUAGAAGAUAUUCGACGCAUCAACACAAUUGCCGUUCGAGCCAAACGAGCAGGCAUGAUUAUCCUAGGAGGCGGAGUCGUCAAGCACCACAUUGCAAACGCAUGCCUCAUGAGGAACGGUGCAGAAUCAGCCGUCUACAUUAACACAGCCCAAGAAUUCGACGGUAGCGAUGCCGGCGCGCGUCCAGACGAAGCAGUAUCUUGGGGAAAGAUAAAAAUAGGGGCAGAUAACGUUAAGGUCUAUCUCGAGGCGACGGCUUGCUUUCCAUUUAUUGUGGCGAAUACUUUUGCGAAAGAUAUUUAG